GUGACUCUGAAAUGCCUCUGUUCCAGUACUUAUUGUUAAAGGCAUUGGAGAAGGUUGACUUCAAUAAAUCGUUCUGAAUGUUCCAAUGAUGAGAUGACUCAGUUCCGUCUCGGGGCGGGGCGGGGCGGGGAGGAUAACGGGACUCUCCUCUCCGGUCCCUCCUCCGGACCGAGCCGGGCAGUGGCCAUGCGGAGAUCGGAGCUGGCGGUCGAUGCCGCGCUGCGGGUGCUGCUCCUCGCCACCUUCGGGAUCAUGGAGUUCCUGCCGCCCUUCCAGCGCGUGCUGCAGCCCGAGGAGAUGUGGCUCUACAAAAAUCCCUACGUUGAAGCGGAUCACGUCCCCACGGUCUUCAUGUUUUUCAUCGCAUUUCUGUCUCCCUUGUUGCUCAUCCUCCUGGCGAGGCUGGUCAUGGGCGCUGACCACGAGGACACGAGGGAAGCCUGCCUUGCUGCCAGCCUUGCUCUUGCCCUGAAUGGGGUUUUCACAAAUGCCCUGAAGCUCGUUGUGGGGAGGCCACGGCCCGACUUCUUCCACCGCUGCUUCCCGGACGGCCGCGCCAACGCGGAGCUGCUGUGCACGGGGGACGCCCGCAGGGUGAGCGAGGGCAGGAAGAGCUUCCCCAGCGGACACGCUUCCUUUGCCUUUGCUGGUCUUGCCUUCUCUGCCUUCUACCUGGCAGGGAAGCUGCACAGCUUUGUUCCAGGCCGGGGGGGCCGGGCCCUGCGCUUCUGUGCCUUCCUCCUGCCCCUCUUCCUCGCCACCCUCAUCGCCGUGUCCCGCACCUGUGACUACAAGCACCACUGGGAAGAUGUGUUGGCUGGCUCAGCGAUGGGCUUGGUGCUCGCAUACCUGUGCUACAGGCAGUACUACCCUCCCCUGACAGACACCACGUGCCACAAACCAUCUGUGGCCAAGCCCAAAGCGCUGCCAGUGCACGAGGAGAAGCCUCCAGCUCCCAGCUUCCACAUGAACAUUUAGUGCCAGGCUCUGUCCUACCUCUUCCUGCAUGCCAGGGCAGGGUGAGGCUUAGGGGAGGCUGCUCAGGAGAAGUGAGGAUGAAGCCCUGGGCAGGUGUUCCCUGCUGAGCUGGUGAGUUCCCUGCCCUGGCCCUCGUGUUGCUUCAUUUCAUUGGAUUUUGUAGGCCACCCCCUCUUCAGGCCCACUGUGAAUCGAGGGAGGCACUUGGGGUGCCAACCUGCACAAAGACAGUUGGGUGUGAAGGUCCUGAACACAAACUGGGAAAAUGUGACAGCCCAGUGUGCCCAGUCUAGUGGAAGUUCUUGUGUCCAGUCCAGGAAGCACCAUUGGCCACCUCCCUGCAGCCCAGCCGAGCUGUCCCAGCUCUUCUCGUGGGAAAUGAAGUGCAGGACCUGCCAACUUUGAGCUUUUCUAAUGUCCCAAAUAAAGGAGUUUAAUUUUUGUAAUGA